AUGGCCUCCACCGAUCCCGAGCUGAAGCUGCUGGGCUUUGUUAAGACCUACGCCUCCGCGGCAGUGUCCACGGGCGAGGCGUUCUACAAGAAGGCUCGCACCUUUGUGCCCUCAGGCCUGGACCCCUACGUCGUGACUUUUGAGGACAAGGCCGCGGCCCUGAGUGCGCCGUACGUGUCGCUGGCCACCGACAAGGCCGCCGAGGCCCUCGCCUUCGCUGACAACAGGGUGUCGUCCGUGCUGGAUUACAGCCGCGAGCUGCACUCCAAGAACAUGGGCUCCUUCAGCUCCGCCAAGGACUCGUACUUCUCAACGGUGGAGGGCCUUGUCAACGCCACCAAGGCCGCCCUGGACCCCCAGCGCUACGUCGCGUACGCCACCGAGCUGGGCAAGACCCUGGUGGACACUGUGGCGGCCUACGCCGACCCCGACAAGGCCGCGGCCACCCUUACGGCCGCGUACGACAGGCUGUCCGCCAUCGGCCCCGUGCCCAAGGUCCUGGAGAUUGCCGACCCCUUCAUCACGGUCGGCACCACGCAGUACACCAAGGCGCACGACCUGCUCGUGGGCCAGCCCCUGUACAAGAAGCUCUACGACACCGCCUUUGCCCUGCCAUCCAAGGUCCAGGAGAGCCCCCUCUUUGGCAAGGUCUACCCCCUGGUGGCGCCCCUGGCGGACCCCGUGGCGGCCAACUUCUCAAACUCCAAGGUGCUGCGCCAGCUGGACGACCACCUCAAGCCGAAGACCGCUUGA